AUCACCAACCUUGCCAGGGGAGAGAUGGAAAGGAUUACUAUAAACGGGACAUCUUGAUCUUUCUCGCCACCUGAGGUGACCCCGCAGAUCAACUGCUUCGCAUUCAGCUUCGCCCUCUCAAUGCACUUGAAAAGUGCCGGAUGCGUGUUCGCUUCAUCGAGACCCCAGGAAGCGCACACGGUCCUAUUCAACUCUCCGAUGAUGAGUGGCUCACCUAUCCCUCGAGUAGAGGCAGCAUCAGGUGCGGACGCCUGGAAUGUUCACAGGAGCUUCAACGACAGCGGUACUAUCGGUGACGGCUGGAGCAUUAGUGGCAGCGGUCCCUGGCUUCUCGCAGGCAUGCUGUCCCUCAUAAUUUUGGUGACAGCUUGUGGGAACAUUUUGUUGAUCGCCUUAGUGUUUGCACACCGCUCACUACGCUGCACCUCCAAUUGCUUCCUGGUGUCCCUCUUCCUGUCUGACUUAAUGGUGGCUUUGGUCGUGAUGCCCCCUGCUAUGCUUAACGUGCUGUGUGGGACCUGGGUGCUGGCGCCCGGAUUCUGCCCCGUCUGGCUUUGCUUCGACGUGAUGUGCUGUAGUGCUUCCAUCCUCAACUUGUGUGUCAUCAGUCUGGACCGCUACCUCCUCAUCAUCUCUCCAUUGCGAUACAAACAGCACAUGACCCCGCCUCGUGCCUUGCUUCUGGUGGGCGGGGCUUGGGGGUUGGCAGCCCUCACUUCAUUCCUGCCAAUCAAGAUGGACUGGCACAGCCUGGGUCGCACACAAGACCUUGCCGAGAAUUAUCCCGCCAACGGCACGGUCUCGCGGAUGAGCUCCUUCUACCCUUCUUCGUACUUCCAGCUCUCCACGUCAGGGACGCCGUCCACGCAGUGCCGCCUGCGGGUGACUCUACCCUUCGCCCUCGUGGCGACCUUUCUCACCUUCUUCUUGCCCUCUACGGCCAUCUGCUUCACCUACUGCCGGAUCCUGUUGGCGGCCAGAAGACAGGCUCGACAGGUGGAGGCUCUUAGUCAUCCUGCUUACCCACAUCACUCACCCGGUGAACCAUCUCGUCCUCCUUCUCCAGGGCAUGCCGUCCAGGACGGAGACGACUACAGUCAUCAGGAGCCACACUUGUUACGGCAAGCACCGUUGUCGGUGAACAGCGAGCGCAGACUGGCUCACAGGCAAAGGAAGAGAGCUCUGAAAGCCAGUCUUACCCUGGGAGUGCUCCUGGGUCUCUUCUUCAGUGCCUGGCUUCCCUUUUUUAUCACCAAUAUGGCACAGGCGGUGUGCGAGUGCGUGCCACCCUCCUUCUUCGAUGCCAUCACCUGGCUGGGCUACUGUAACAGCACCAUGAACCCAAUUAUAUACCCCAUGUUCAUGAGGGAUUUCAAGAGGGCUUUGGCACGGCUUCUACCCUGCUGUUCUUCCUCUCAAGCCCCUCGUAGGCCAUCGCUGCCACUUUCCCUUUCUCUACGCAACUCAGGGGAGCCACAACUGCCCACCGAACCCCCCUCCCUCGUGUCCGACCCGCCUCAGCUACCAGCGACGGCUACGGACGCCGUUAACCUUCUUGACGCGGAGCACGCCGGGAUCGACCUGCCUCUGCUGCUGCCCAACCAGGUCGAUACAUUAGACGAUUGAUACGCCAAGAUGUGAGACUUAUAAUUAGAGGUUCAUAAAAAGAAAAGUGUUGAAACAUACCGUGGCACAAAAAAAAAAAAAAAAA